CUAAGGGCGAAAGCAACAGAUGAAGUGUCAACGUGUGGAUGCAAUCCGCCUUCUCACUCACUCCACGCACACGCCGCUCUUCGCAGCGCCGCCGAGCGCAGCGCCGCCGCCCGCUCCCUCUUUGUUUCUCUCUAUCUCGGCCGGAUCCUCCGCCCUCUGCCGCCGCAGCAGCGCCAGUCCUCUCUCGGUCUAGCGGGGUAGAGAUCCGUCCGGGCGCUGGUGAAAAGAACUCGUCUUUGCUUUGGUUCUUGUUCUUCUUCUUGAGCGCGCAAGAUCGACAUGAGUUGACGCCGUAGGAUUUCGUGCUAUCUUGGUAUCUAAUUUAAGGCCUACGGACAAUCUCUCUAGAAAACUUAUACCCCUUGGUGUGCAGUACUCUUCGUAUCAAUCUUACAGUUCUUGAGAAGUGAUACAUCUGCUCAUCAGCAAUAUGUCCAUAGAAGGGAGGAAAUUGAGUGUGAUAAACAAGAGCACUGCAUUAAAUCCCAAUGCAGAAGAAUUUGUUCCUUCAUCCCUUAGAUCUGUCAAUGAUGCCUCCAUGAGAUCAGAUGCAACUAUGGUCGUUGUCUCAGGACCAUCCAAAGAAACUAGCAGAGACCAGCCAGAGUCCAUUAUACGGAGUAAUUCUGAUGAAGAAGCACACCAAUAUUGGCAACAACAGCUCCCAGAUGACAUCACCCCUGAUUUCAAAGUCCUGGGACAAGAUGAGACCCCAGAUCCUGACAGUCUGUCGCUCACAGGCCUGUCCAUAAAUGAUGGCAUUGGCGCGUCAAUAUUUUCUCCAAACCAGACACUGAGCAUGCAGCACCGUGCUUCUCUUAUCAGGGACAAACUGAGUACACGUCCAAAGAUUGAAUUUACUGGCCCAACUUAUAUAGAUGAAAGGUCACAAGCUACAAUUAUGAGUCCAACUGCCAGUUCCCUGAGUCCAACUGCUGCUCCAUGGGUAAAGACAGUAAGGAAUGGGGGACAGUACAGCACAAACAGAAGGGAUGUCGGUCACUGCAAUAGAGAUUCUAGCAUUGGAGCUUCAUUGCACAACCUUACUAAUUCUUAUCAUGGUAGCAGGCGCAGCUUAAGCUCAACUACGGAUAUGAUGAGUCAACUGGAGCAGAAUAAAGUUGAUGGACGACUCAGUCAGAACCUCAGGUCACUGUCAUUUGGAUAUUCAAGUCCUCCGUCUGCAGCAUCAUAUUCCCAAAAUGGUCUUGUGAACUAUAGUAAAGAAGCUUUUGGUCUGCCAAACAGUCCAUAUAGAUCUCAUUCAGCUAUACUCGCAGACGAUAUUGUUUCACCUUCAACUGGACGUGAACAUUUAUCUCUGGAUGCCCCUAGAGGAAGGUACAAGAAUUUGCCUGUUUCUGGUCUUGGUUCAAGCAGAGGUUCUCAGCUUUUGGUUGGCUCGUAUAAUGGACAUCACGAUAUGAUCUCAACCAGUACCUUACAAAACAUAGCUGGGAUUCAGACAGGACCAGCUUGGCUUGAAAGUGAUGCUGCGGCAAACCCAUAUUUAGAAUCAAAGGAUGAAGUUCAUGACUUUGCAAGCCCGCGGCAUGCAUUUCUUGAACAGCAGGAUAGGCAGGCUUUUCUAACGGGCAACAACCCUUUAACAAAGGAUCUAACAUUGAAGGAGCUAUAUAAUAUGCAAAGCAGGUUAAAUCAGGAGAAGGUUAAAGAAACAACGUACCGUCAAAGGUUCCAAAUGCCAGAGCUACAAGGUCUCAUCCAGGAGCAAAAUCCCCCAAUAGAUCUCUGCGGUCUUCAUAUCAGCGAGGCGAUACACGUCCUGAACUACGAACUCAACAACCGGAGGAAGAUUGCCCGAGCCACCGGGUGCCGGCUCCAUGUCAUCAUAGUAUCAAGCACCCGUACCCCUGCGAGGCUGACCGCCGCCGUCGAGCAGUACCUCAUGGAGCACGGCCUGCAGUACACGCAGGCACAGCCAGGACUCUUCCGUGUCCUGCUUCAGUGAUAGAACGGGAUGGGAGGCUCUAGAUGUUCAUCAGAUGAAAAGAAAAAGAAAAGAAAAGAAAGUUUGACUUGUACUUUUGUAUAUGGCAGAGAUGGCUAGCAGAAUAGAAGCGUUACGAUAGCUCCUGUAAUAUUCGUAUAGCAGGCUUUUUGUCAGCAAAUGUUUACAUUGUGAAAUUUGCGGAGUUAGGCGACAUGAUCGUUCGCAAUCGUUUAAGGCCCUCAA